CGUGCAAGAAAGGGAAGGGGCCAAUCAAUAUUCAUCAAAAUCGACCGCAAGAGAGAGACUCCUUUUAUCUCCUUCUAAUUUCUUUUUUUUUUAAUUUUUUGAGUAAAUGGGAACCAUUUCUUGCGUCAGCCAUGGUCACUUCUCCAACUUCACGAGUUUCUCGAAGAACUCAAUCUGUUCAUCAUCAUCGGCGUCGCUACCCUUUUUCAAGAACCCAAUUCGCAUCUUCAAAAGCUUCACCUUUUCUUCAUCAAUGGCUGAUUCUCUUCGUGUCUCAGCGUCUUCCACAAUUGGUGAGAGAAGUGAGCCAGUGGAGGCAAUGGCAUCGUCUGGAAUGGUGGGAGAGAAUGAUCUGCUAAUUGUGGGACCCGGUGUUCUUGGUCGCUUAGUGGCUGAAAAAUGGAGGGAGGAAAAUCCCGGAUGUCAAAUUUAUGGGCAAUCUGUGACGACGGAUCACCAUCAUGAGUUAAUGACAAUGGGUAUUAAUCCAUUUUUGAAAGGGAAUAAAACUGAUCAGAAGUUUCCUUAUGUGAUUUUCUGUGCUCCUCCUUCAAAAACCCCAGAUUACCCUGGUGAUAUUAGGAUGGCUGCUUUAAGCUGGAAUGGUGAAGGUUCUUUCUUAUUCACAUCGAGCUCUGCACCAUUUGAUUGCUAUGACAAUGGACCAUGUGAUGAGGACACAUCAACUGUGCCAAUUGGCAGAAGCCCUAGGACAGAUGUCAUCCUCAAGGCUGAAAAAGUGGUGUUGGACUUUGGUGGUUGUGUUGUUAGGUUGGCUGGACUUUAUAAAUUAGAUAGAGGUGCACAUUUCUAUUGGUUACAGAAGGGGACUGUUGAUUGCCGUCCAGAUCACAUCCUAAAUCUUAUACACUAUGAGGAUGCAGCUUCCCUAUCAGUCACUAUUCUGAAGAAGAAACUUCGUGUUCAGAUUUUCUUGGGUUGUGACAAUCAUCCUUUGUCCAGGCAGGAAGUAAUGGACUUGGUUGAAAAAAGCGGGAAAUUUAGCAAAAAGUUUGAGGCCUUUACAGGCACUAGUGAUCCUUUGGGGAAGAAGUUGAACAACACAAAAACUCGUCAGGAAUUGGGAUGGGAGCCAAAAUAUCCUAGCUUUGCUAACUUCCUUGGAGUGUCAGAAUAACCCCAUACCUUCAUCUUCAUUUCCAGGAUUGAAUGGAUUAAUGGUGGGAGAAACUCGUUUAGUUGGCAUAGCUGCAUAGGGAAUAUUUUGCUAGCAUUCUCUUGUGACAUUUCCAUUUUCCUUUCCCAAUCAAUCCUGGCAGAUACGUGUUCAUGUGCAGUUUCUGAACAUUCACACUAAAGUUUUAAUAAUAAAAAUUCCAUACUUGGCACAUUUUCA